AUGGAGACGAAGCCGAUCGAGAUAAGCAGCUCGAAGAUGUUCGGAGGGUACAACAAGAGAUACAAGCACUACAGCCCAACACUGGGUUGCUCCAUGACGUUCCACGUCUAUUUCCCACCUUCAUCUUCGCCUUCCCAGAAGUUCCCUGUGCUUUACUGGCUCUCUGGCCUUACCUGCAAUGAUGAGAACUUCAUAGCAAAGUCAGGGGCACAGCGUGUUGCAUCGGCUGAGGGUGUCGCAUUGAUUGCUCCCGAUACAUCACCAAGAGGACUGAAUGUGGAAGGAGAGUCUGAAAGCUGGGAUUUUGGUGUCGGUGCUGGAUUUUAUCUCAACGCCACACAAGAAAAGUGGAAGAACUGGCAAAUGUACGAUUAUGUUGUGAAGGAACUGCCAAAACUUCUGAUCGAGAACUUCCCCCAGCUUGAUACAUCCAGGGCGUCCAUAUCUGGUCAUUCAAUGGGAGGACAUGGAGCUCUCACUAUCUACUUGAAAAACCUCGAUAAGUACAAGUCAGUAUCUGCUUUCGCACCGGUUUCCAAUCCUGUAAACUGCCCCUGGGGCCAGAAAGCAUUCACUAACUACCUUGGUGGCAAUAAAGCAGAUUGGGAGGAAUAUGAUGCUACAUGUCUUAUCUCCAAGUUCCAUGAUGUAAGGGCUACCAUUCUGAUUGAUCAGGGGGAGGACGACAAGUUCCUGCAAGAGCAGCUGCUGGUGAACAAGUUUGAGGAAGCAUGCAGGAGCGUGGGAGUCCCUGUUCUUCUAAGAAGGCAGCCAGGCUAUGACCAUUCUUACUUCUUCAUAUCCACUUUCAUCGAAGACCACAUCCGCCACCAUGUUCAAGCCUUGAAUCCAUAG